GGCUCCGCAGGCGUUAAACCCCUCGUCACUCGUCUCCUUCCUUCCCUUCUGCUUUCGCUUGCUCGGGGCCAGCAUGACUCUCACCCCUGCCUGCCCUCCGGCCGCCGGCUCCGCCGUCACCGGAGCCGGGAAGCUUCCGACUACCGGAUCACACGCCAAGCUCCUCCCUCCUCACUCCGCAGCCGCGUGCCGUCUCCACCUUCCCCGUCUGGCCCCGCCGUCUCCCCUGUCGUGCAACAACCUUGCCCCCGUCCCCGCUACCACCUCCUCCACCGCUUCCAGGAACCCCACCAGCGCCGCCCUCUACCCCUCCCAUCAGACCCUCGCGUCCAUGUCCGUUCGCGAGCAGACAGCGCUCCUUUCGCGGCAGCGCCACUGGCGCCGCGCCCGCGACCUGUUCGACCGCGUGCGCGCGCUCCCGGGCUACGCCCCCAACCCCGUACACUACAGCGUACUCCUCCGCCACCUCGCCCGCGCCCGCAGGUGGUCCGAGCUCCGCCGCACCUGGCUCAGGAUGGUCCGAGACGACGCUCUCACACCCACCAAUCCGGCAUACACCGCCCUCGCCGAUGCGCUCGCCAAGGCCGGCUUGGCACAGGAAUCCCUUCUGCUUCUCCUGCACAUGCGCGCACAAGGUGUCGCCCCUGACGAGGUGUCCAUGAACACCUUUGUCCGCAUCCUCAAGGACGACGGCCGCUACUCAGACGCCCUCGCCCUCUUCAAUAAUUGGUGCGACGGCAGGUUUGAUGUUGAAUUUCUUCAUCUUGACUACACAACGGUUUCUUGCCAUGGACAGAUGCAAUUCUUGUUGGCUGACCUGUGUCAUGACAAACUUGAUUCUGCUGGCCCCUCUGGCGUUGAGGAAGUUCCUAGGAAGCCAAAGCUUGUUGUUACCUAUAACACGUUGAUCGCCCUUUAUGGGAAGGCUGGGAGGCUCAAGGACGCGAUGGAAAUGUUUGUUGAUAUGCUGGUUUAUCAGGUUGUGCCAGACAUAUAUACUUUCAAUACGAUGAUCAAUGUAUUUGGGUUGCAUGGCCGCAUGGAGGUGGCAGAGGCGCUGCUUGCUAACAUGGUCAUCAGGGGUGUCACUCCGGACAUUAAGACGUACAAUGUGAUGAUGACGGUGUUUGCUUCAAUGGGAGAUGUGGAGGGAGUUUUGAAGUACUACCAUCAAAUUGGGAGGACAGGGUUGUGUGCUGAUGUCGUGAGCUAUAGGGUUGUGUUGCAAGUGCUAUGCGAGAGGAAAAUGGUGCGAGAAGCAGAAGAUGUGAUCGAAGAGAUUAUGCAGUCUGGAACUUGUGUUCUUGGACAGUUCUUGCCAGUUGUCAUGAAGAUGUAUAUUGAUCAAGGAUUUCUUGAUAAGGCACAUGUGUUCUUUGAAAGGCAUUUCAGAGCUCUGGAGGUUUCAUCCAAGAUUGUUGCUGCUAUCAUUGAUGCUUUUGCAGAGAGGUGUCUAUGGGAAGAAGCCGAGCAUGUUUUCCACUAUGCUAGGGGAGUUGGGGGCAAGAGGGACAUUGUGGAAUAUAAUGUGAUGGUCAAGGCUUAUGGUUUAGCCAAACGAUAUGACAGAGUCACUUCUCUACUUGAGAACAUGAAGGAGUCUGGUAUUUCACCAGAUGAGUGUACUUACAAUUCGUUAAUACAAAUGUUUUCUGCUGGUGGAUUUCCACAGAGAGCUAACAAGCUGUUACGUAAAAUGAAAGAGACAGGAUUGAAACCAUCGUGUGAGACAUACUCUGCUAUUAUUAGAACUUACUCCCACAGUUUCUUGGCAUCUGAAGCCAUAGAUCUGUACAAUGAAAUGAAGGCCUCAGAUGUGGAGCCAAAUGUUGUUGUUUACGGAUUGCUGAUUGAUAUGUUUGCAGAGACAGGACAAGUAGAAAAGGCACUUCACUAUAGCAACUUGAUGGAAGAAUCUGGAAUCACUCCAAACCAUAUUGUGUUAACUUCACUUAUCAAGGCCUACAGCAAGGUUAACUGCUGGAAGGAAGCACAGGGUUUGUAUGCAAGGAUGGGGAACAUGGAUGGUGGCCCUGAUACAAUUGCCUCGAAUUCCAUGCUAAACCUUUAUGCAAAACUUGGGUUGGUCAUUGAAGCUAAGGCAAUCUUUGACAAUUUGAGGAGAAAUAAUCAGGCCGAUCAUGUUUCAUACAUAACCAUGAUGUUCCUCUACAGUAACAUGUGCAUGCUUAAUGAGUCCAUUAAGAUAGCUCAUGAAUUACAAAAUUCAAGUUUAAUAUCUGACCAUGAUUCAUAUAAUGCUGUUAUGGCAUGUUAUAUGGCCAAGGGAAACUUAAGAGAAUGUGCAGAAUUGGUGCAGAAAAUGUUGGAAGAUAAAACCUUCCCAAAUGCCUCAACUUUUAGAAUGAUAUUUUCUGCAGUGAAAAAUAUCAAUAUUUUAUCAGAGGAAGUUUUGCAGUUAGAAUCAGCAUAUAGUGAUGGCAGGAAUUCUGCCAAGCAAGCUAUAAUUGCAUUCUUGUUUUCCACGGCUGGCAUGCAUGCUGCUGCAUUAAAUAUUUGUGAGCAUUUUUUAAAGCCUGAGUUGACAAUUGAUCCCUGUGCAUACAAUGUUGCCUUCAAGGUGUACGCGUCCUGUGGAGAGGUGGACAAAGCUUUCAGUUUGUUCACUAAGAUGCAUGCUUCAGGGUUCAAACCGGACCCAGUAACCUACAUCCAUUUGUCAACUUGUUAUGGGAUAUCUGGAAUGUCAGAAGGCAUGAGAAGGAUAAACGGCCUUCUUGCAUACAGAAACAACGAGUUUAGUAAAUAUUUGCAUAAAACACAGGUUUCCUAUAGAGAAACUGGAAGCAAUAAUCUUGCUGCUCAGUUAGUCAAGGAAUGAGAUGUUGAAAUAGUUCACUCUGAUAAGCUCCCGAAGAGAUGAUGACUUUGUUGUGGAAUUUGAAGCUGGAGGUAAUGUAAUUGGUUAUCUGAGAUGAGUCAUGCUUGCUUGAAGAUAGAGAAUGGGGAUUGGAAAUAUUAGUGUCAUCGAUGAUUGUUGAAGUGUAUAUGUGUGGGGCAAGGGGAGGAAUAUUUUCCAUGUCAUACUUUAAACAGGAGCCGCAACCCCUGUUUGUAUAGCUGAUACUGGCACAGUACCUCCUCUGUGGCUGCUGCCAGUUUCUGGUGCUGAAUGGCCCAAUAAUGAAGUGUAACCACCUCCAGUCUGCUGUGCAUUUCAUAAAGGGGUUGGGCAUGCCCAUGGCUCCAUGUGAAGUGUGCACAGCUGCUGCUUGGAGACUGCAGCUAUGUGGAUCAAAAUUCUGGCAGAACAUCAAGAUAUGCUCACAAUCGAGCUAAAGCUACUUGAAAGGUCAGGCGACCCUACCUGUGUGUCGGCCAACUUUCGGAGUGCCACUUGAGGAAAAAUGCAUUAACCGUUGAAUCCGUUGUCGAAUGCUUAUCACUUCCCGAUGGACUUGUAUCAUACACUGGAUCAGCAAUCUGGGUGUCAUCAAUGAUCUCUAGUUCCUUGCCUAGAAAGAAGGAAAUUAUUGCUCAAUAGUACUUGAGAUCCAUGACAUAAAUUCAUAGAAAUAAGUGAUAUUUCUGAGAUUACCUGGUUCUUCAUUUUUUUGAACUUCAAAAGGGUUAGUGCUUUCUGUUGAUGAUGACAGUAACUCAGGAUCAUCUGAAUGCGGGGACAUUUGAUGGAAAUCGUUGCUUGUCAUCUCCAUUUCUUGUGGGUAUUCCAUAACGCUAAGAUCUUCCAACGGUAUACUAUGUGAUGAAUUCAAAUUCUCGGUGUCUUGAGCUUCCUCCCAAUCAUUUAUAUGUCCACCAGGUAGUGACAUGUCAUCAUCUGAUGAAUCGCUAAUUAGUACCGGUGGCUCGAUGUCAAGAGGACAAGGAAUCUCUCUCAUAUUUUGGUCCAAAGGAGGUUCUUCAUCUGUUUGACUGAAUGAAGACACAUGUCCUUGGUUUCGGCUAUCCUCCAAUAGCUCUUUCUGGACUCCUUGAUCAGUAACUGAAGAAGUACUUUCCGAGUCAUGAACAGAGCUAUUUUCACUAUUUUCUCCUUCAAGAUUGGGAACCGCAUGUCCGUCACUUGCCCUCUUUUCCAUAACAAAAUGUGGUCUAAACCGAGAUGGCUGUAAAUCUUGCCAGAAGUCACUGAGGAAUGGUGCUCCUUCUGUGAAGCUCUCAUGCCUCCUAAGUGCCAUGCUUAUAUGUGGUUGAGAUGGAACAAGAAUAGGCUCGACAUUACUUGAGUUAUCUCCUGUAGUGGAGCUACCCUCAUCUUCUUGCUCACAUGUCUGAUCAAACGUGCUUCUCAUUUUCAACGGUGCGGAUGGAGCAGAAUCCGGGAAGUUUUCUUCAUUGUAGGGAAGGUCAAAAGGAUUUCUCCUAGGUGCAAAAACAGUUGGAAUUUGAACAUUGAACUUUGAUAACUCCUCCACUGUUGGGAUGGAAUCACCACUACCAAAAUCUAUCAAGUUCCUAUCUACGUCUUUCCUAACCCUAUGCCUAGCAAUCAACAUCUCCAACCUUUGGUUUCUCUCUAUCUCCAAACAUCCAAUUUUUAGUAUGUUCUUCUGAUCAUCAGCGCUCCAUGCCACAACUUUAACACCUUCCUCGUCAUGUUCAUUGUCAGCAUUGACCUCUUCCUUCUCAGUUUCAUCGUCAGUGCUACGUUCAUUGGAAUCGCCAUCUUGAGAUGACACUGAUGAACUGGUGCCUGACCUAAGCUGAUGAAAUGUGUGGAGCAUUGGAUGGGUAUCGGUUUCUGAGCCAUCUGAUGCAGCUGAUCCUGAUUCAGAAGAAGAGCAUCCACCUUGAACUCCCUUCUGGAUUUUCUGCUCUCUGUUGUUGUGUUUGGCCUCCUCACUAGAUAGAAUUCUUUGAAGAGAUACACCCCCAGCUGAUUUACCAUUAUCAUGGAUAUUCCGACUUUUAACUUUUUGUAUCUUUUUGUAGACAUGAUCAUUUUCUGGAUUGUUUGGUUCACCAUAAGCUAGAAUGAUUCCAAGGAAGAAGCCAGUGAAUAGGAAGAUAGGUGAUGCGGCCAAAAGGAGGGUAAACCAGCUGAAGAAGUACUUGUACAAUAUUACAAGAAAAAACAAUAAGCAGAGAACUGAAGGAUGGCGUUGAAGAAAUCGGCCUGCAGGCCGUAAGGAAUGGGAAUGGCAUUGAUGCUAGAUGACCUGCGAACCGCACCGUCGGUGCCUAAGGAGUUGGCAGUUGGUUUUGUUCCUCAAUACUCGAUUUCAACAACUCUAUUUGCUCCAAAAGUCCCAUUGGGGUUGUAUUUAUGUACAGGUGAUGCCGCCGCCAGGAUUUCUUUCAUGCAACCUGCUGAACCUUCCAAAUUCAUUAUGCUGCUGGAUUGAUUUUGGUUUCCUUUUGUCCUCGAGGUCUGCUUGCAAUUCUUUCCUUUUGUUUAGAGAUUGUCUAGCAGUUGAACUGAAAGGGAAAUACUCGCUGCAGGCACAGAAAGAAACAUUGUUACCUAGUCCCUCGGUACCAUAACGAAAUCACUAUGCGUAAGACACUUCCGUGUC